AACUAAGCUGCACGGGGGUCGAAACACACGAGGAACGAAGGUGUGGGGCGCAGGGGGACGGGGUAGUUCAUCGGAUCCCAGCUAAACAUGAACAGUCCGCGCCUAGCGAUCGUACGCAACGUUUGUGUGGGAACUUUUCAUCGCUUUUAUCUAGCUCUCCACCUCGCAGACGUUAUUUUCGAAUUCCUUCUUUCUGUCUAAACAAUAUUUUGUCUGGAAUCGUUGUCGCGGGUCCGUUACAGACGAUGACUGCAAGACAGCCUGCACCCCCAAACUGGUGUUCUUUCUGAAAUUCGAAGCGGUGAGUUUCUUUCGCCGGUCAAGAAAGGGGUGCCAUGCCUCACGUGGGGGCGGCCAGCGGCGGUGAUGAUCUCGCCUCUUCAGACGAAAUUAAAGUGUUUAAAGAUGAAGGUGAUGAAGAGGAGAACCGAUCGUCUGAAAAUCUAAUGGAUCUGAAAUCUAGUCUUGUCACAGAAGGGGAGGAGGAAAAAAGUUCCGAUGUUCCUGGUCCAAAUGAUUACGGUUCUCCUAAAAAUCCGGAUAUCUGUCGGCCGGACAGUGCAUCACAUUCCGGAAAAUCUUUUGAACUGUUAUCUCCCCACUCUGGUCCCAUCGGUUAUGUGGUGUCGCCGUACCCUCACCCACACAAUGGAUCGCUGGGCCCAGUUUCCAUGGUAAGUUUCUAA